AUGACAGAUCCCAUUAAACUGUCAAUGCUUAUAAAUGCAGACGAAAAUCGGUCGAUGAGUGUCCGUUCAAAUGAUUCUCCCUUGUAUUCCAGCAACCAGCUGAAGAGUCAGGAUGGUGAUUCACCCGUCAGCACGGAUGGCACUUCCAAUGAUAUAAUCGCUCACAAGAGAGCCAGAGGACGCAAAAGGAAACUCAAGGGUCCUCCUUACAUAUGCGAUUAUCCAGACUGUCACAAGGAAUUUCAUAGAUCUGAGCAUCUUUCAAGGCAUCAACUUAAUCACAAUCCCAAAAAGAUCUACAGAUGCACCCAGUCAGGCUGCGAAAAGACCUUUGUGAGGCAUGAUUUGUUAGCGAGACAUCUAAAGAGACAUGCCAAUAAGCUAGAAAAAAAGCGCAAGAAUGGCGAGUCUUCAUCCCAUCCUCCCGAGGACCACGAGAACGGCGCUAAGCGCAGAGAACUAACCUCAUCUCCGUCGCAGAAUUCCAUUGGUAAGACCCUUGCCGUACAGGCCUCCAAUCAAGUCAACGCUGCUCUUUCUCCGUCUCAUACGAACAAUCGAACGGUCUCUCCGGCUGCUGCUGACAGUACUGUAUCCCAUCCUCCCGUCAAUGCGUUCAGAGCACCAUCUACUCAGAACCAGCACGAUCCAAAGGGAUUUAGUUCUGUGUCUCAGAUUCUUCAGCAGCACAACCAGGCCCUUGCUGAGAGCCCCAUAGUUAGUCAGGACUUUAGUAGACAGGAAACUGGCGCUGCUCCAAACCUUCUUAGCUGGCUUUUCGGCGAUAAUCCUUCCAAUGUGAAUCCACAAACUCAAAACAUUGGCUCUCCGACAUCUCGUAAGGAUCCUACGGACUUUCUAACUGGUCUGAAUGAAUUUCAGAUGAACAACGGUGGCCAAAGCUUUUUUAUUCUUGAUGGAUUCGAGCAGUUAUCUCCUUCUUCCUCUUCUACAUUGGGUCUUUAUCCAUCUCCAGAUCAGCAGCAACCUCAGAGAACUCCGGCCAGCGUAGCAAGCCAAUCACCACAACCGCAGGAACAGCAACAGCAGGCGUCUGAUGAAACUUCACCAAUUUCUCUCAAUCACAAUACGGUCGAUGCUGCUAAUAAUAAUGGCGGCACCUACGAGAGUUCCCGACAGUAUGAGCCAUUACACCAAGAUAACGAGUCGUUACACAAGUUAAGUGACGGCAAAUUAGCUGAGUUUGCUCAACUUAUUCCGGAAGUUAAAGAGCAUUCGGACUUCACGAGGGUGAAGCUAGAGAAGGCUCUUAAAAUGUACUGGAAGUUUUUCCAUCCCAGAUUUCCCAUGCUUCAUCGCCCGUCUUUUGACUCUUUAGAAACGCCACCUUUACUUUUGCUCUCUAUGAUCGUUCUAGGUAUCAAGCUCUCUCAAUGUGUCGACGAUAUAACUUGCCCGUUUGAUGAGAAGUUUAGAGAUCCGAAGACUCUUGCUGAUAAGAUUGGUCUACCUUUACGCUGGCUUAUUUUUGCGUCUCCAAAAUUUCAACCUCCUGCAAAGUUGUGGAUCAUCCAGAGUUUGUUGAUGUUGGAAUUUUACGAAAAGAAUUGUACCACCAGACAAUUACACGAACGUGCACAUUUACAUCAUGGAACUACAAUACAAUUGUUGCGUAGAUCUCCUACUCUAGGAGGUUCUCCUCAUAAAACCACAGGAGCUGAUGAUGCCAGUAACUGGUUCAAGUGGAUUGAGAUCGAGUCGAUGAAACGUGCUACGUUCAUGUGCUUUUACAUGGAUGCCAUUGACGCGAUAUCAUUUGGCCAUCAGAUGCUCAUCUAUGCACAUCAGAUUCAAAUGACCAUGCCGGUGGAGGAUGAUGUGUGGGAGUCGAACUUACGUAACUUUAGAUCUUCUUUCAAGAAAUGUAAGAGACCCAAACCAUUCCUCCUAGUUCUGAAGAAUAUUAUGAAUGGUUUUCCAAUGAGAACUAACUCUUUUGGCAAAAAGGUUUUACUUGCUGGUUUAAGUGCCAUCAUGUUCCAAAUUCAACAACGCGAUAUGCAGCUUAUGUUUGGUCUAGACAAGUUUGGUAUGACUGGUACCGUGAAUAAUUGGAGGGAAUUACUUACAGCUGCGUUCUCUAUCUGGAGAAAUGAUGUCGGUGGAUCUUGCUGCUCUUCAAGAACUGCCAUCGAUAAUAUGAGUUCGAUGAGCAACUCUCUUCAAUUUUCCACCAGUGAUACUCGUUGCAAAUGCAUCACGUAUCAUAUGGCCCAUGUUUACAUGUCUAUAUCACACUAUGAUCUAUUUAUCGUUGCCGGAGCACCAUGGAGAAUGAACGUGAAGCCUUCCUCGCUUUUGGAAAGAGAACAGAUUGAAAAACGUGUCAGUGAAUGGUCACAGACCCGUCACAGUGAGGUAUGCGUUGUACAAUGCUACUUACUUCUCUUUGAGAUAUUUCUUUCACCUCAGGACUCUGCUUAUGAGUAUCAGUACGAUUAUGUUCCCGAUCAGGAUCUAUUUUUCCGGUCCUAUGUAAUUGGUCUCUGCACUAUGGUUUUAUGGUGCUAUAUCCAUGCCCGAAAUGGACCGGACUCUUUCAGAAUGACAGCUGAGACAUAUAAGAACCAUGAUUAUGAAGAGGAUGGAUACAGAUAUUUGAAAAGGAUGAGAAACGAAUUUACUACUAGAUCCGGAGGCAUUAUGCUUCAUACGUGGUUUUCUAACUGCUCGGGAGCGCAAUUCUACGGUAAUUUGGUCAAGUGGGUCGAUGUAUUGGAGGAAAUUCCAGACAUGCAGAACAUGGUUGGGCUAUUAGGGCUCGUGGGUAAUAAAUUGAUUGACGCAGACUACACUGUUGUUAAGGAAAUGGGCAAGCUUCUAUUGUUUUGCAGGGACAGAUGCAGAGGAUCCAAGGAGACGAUUCUAAAGAAUAUGUACGAGUAA